AUGGGGGCGGGGACGGCUGGAGAGCUCCCGGCUAACUCUGUGUCUGGGUUUUUCAAGAGGAUGGCGAAGUCGGAGGCUAGCAAUGCGGCUACCGCCUAUUUCCGUCCAGCCAGACCCUUGCCCUCUCUGGUCACAGUCCUGGGGCUGGGGUACUUCGCGUGGGUUGUCUUCUGGCCUCAGAGUAUCCCUUAUCAGAGCCUUGGGCCCCUAGGCCCCUUCACUCAGUACUUGGUGGACCACCAUCACACCCUCCUGCGCAAUGGUUAUUGGCUUGCCUGGCUGAUUCAUGUGGGAGAGUCCUUGUAUGCCAUAGUAUUGUGCAAGCAUAAAGGCAUCACAAGUGGUCAGGCUCAGCUACUCUGGUUCCUACAGACUUUCUUCUUUGGGAUAGCGUCUCUCACCAUCUUGAUUGCUUACAAACAGAAGCGCCAAAAGUAAACUUGAAGAUGUCUGAAAGCUUGCUUUACACUUUUACAUUCAUUCUCACCUUUUUUGUGUGGGGGGUGGGUAGGGGAGGUGCAGUAUUUACUCAGUGAUCUUUCUACUUUCUAGAAACUGUCUGUCCUUUGGAGCUAUUUAAGACCCCCUCAUUAGUCAUUUUUUUCUCCUAUAUGCUCUUGUUGAGCUUGAAUAGACCAGUUGUUACUUAAGAAACAGAGAAAGAUUUUAGCUUUUCAGUCCUAUUUGGCAGAGGACUUCAGCUACCUUCCUACGGUCUUUAGCUGUGUUGGCGCCCUUGUGUGCUCUGAGCUAAGCCACAUACUAAAUUUACUUUUUGGUUUGUAUACCCUUGUUCCCACCUUCUGAUGAAAACACCUUACCCUCACAACCACCAUCUUUCCACCUUGCUGCACUAAGAUAAAGUGACAUUUUCACUAUAUGUCAAUUCCACACACAUUUAUUAGGUACCUAUGAGGUAGGAUCCUAUCCUCUCAAACUUCCAUUUCUCACGCUACAGAGAAAGAUAAGGAAGAUGGGCAAGUGCCUGGAAUGGGGCAGGCUGAGUGGUCACACAGACAUAGAGGCACGCUGAGAACCUGGAGGGGAGACUGCAGAGUGCCUUCCCUGAUGCUGCAGCCAGAAGUGAUCCUUCCCUCCACCUGGCCUCUGGGACACUGUGCUUCGUAGUGUGCAGGGUCUGAUGGCACUGCUAGAUUGUUCUUUCAGCUCAGGGCCACGGCUUAAACAGCUUCACCUUUCCCCUCAGCACCUGUCCCACUACCUUGCACACAGGUGCUCUAACCAUGUUUAUUGAACAAAGGAGGGAAACUGAUUUCACUUUCACCUGUUCAUUAUCAUUCCAAUUUUUAUGUGAAAAUGGCACAACCCAUUUGGGGUACCCUCAUCCCAAAAGAAAAGUCCAAGUCUACCUUUGACUCAUACCAUCUUUUUCGUGGGUUCCUUGGUGAGAAACCUUUAUCUUUUUCAUACCUUUCUGUUAUCAAUCACUUCUUCAAAAGUGUCUCUUUCCAGCUCUGAUUUAUUCAAAAGCACACAAGCAUUCCUGUUUAGAGAUUCUAGCCUAUGGGUUAUCUGGCUAGUUACUACCUCUCCUGUUCACUUAGUUAUACUUUAUUAUUGCUCACAGGUUGGGGAGGCAGAAUGACUCUGUCAGCACUAGGAGCCAUUAGGACUUCUUCCCUGGAGGACUGCCUGCGUGCUCUCUGGGGAUUAGCCCUCAUUUCCCUUCUGUGGUACAGUGGGGCAAGUUACUUGUAUUAAACAAACAUUUAUGAGAAACAACCUCCUCCCCAAAAUGGAACCCCCAAGUAAAGCACAAGCCUGAAAGAUUAUGAACUAUGAAUUGUCUCUAGUGGAGAUAAAUUUUUGCAAAUAUAUCUCAGUCUUUCCCUGUGUUUUUCUGGUGAUUAAGAAGUUACUUUUUGGUAAGGAAAAGGAUUUUUGACCAUAGAGUUAGGCAUCAUGGAAAUUCAAACCAGGUUUCUUAAUACCUGAUCUUCCUCAAAGAGAAAUAAUAACAAUAAUAGUGGUGCUGGGAACAAUAUGGCAGAUUAUUGAAUGAAAUGGAUUAACUUGAAUAAAAUGCUGUGAAUUAUCUCUA